AUGGGGUGCUGCCCAGGGGACUGCUUCAACUGCUGCGGCCAGGAGCAGACCUGUUGUGAAGAGUGUUGCUGCCAGCCGGCCUGCUGCGGCUGCUGUGGGCCCUGCUGCUCUUCUUGCUGCGGCUGCGGAGGCUCCGGCUGCGGGGGCUCCGGCUGCGGGGGCUCCGGCUGCGGGGGCAACUGCUGCGGCUCCUCUUGCUGCGGGUCUGGCUGUGGCUCCGGGUGCUGCGGCUCCGGGUGCUGUGGCUCCAGCGGGUGCUGCGGCCCUGUGUGCUGCCAGCCCACGCCUGUGCGAGACACGAAGUGA